UCCCUCAUCAGCACCACCGCCUGCAUCCUGCUGAGCUUCCGUCCUGCCUCCCGGACGGUGCAGGAGACGCUGACGGGACGCCAUCUUGUUUGUUUUAGUGCAAGAGGAGGAGGAGGAGUACGGUAAGCCCCAACCAACAGCAGCGACGGCACGGCCGGCAAAACGGGAGAAGGGCCAGACGGCUAACCGGCCUGACGCCUCCCCCACUUCCCCUUUCCCUUGUGGCGGGAAGGCUGCGAGACGAUGUUUUACGCCCACUUUGUCCUCAGCAAACGUGGGCCGCUGGCCAAAAUCUGGCUGGCGGCCCACUGGGACAAGAAGCUGACCAAGGCACAUGUUUUUGAGUGCAACCUGGAGAGCAGCGUGGAGAGCAUCAUCUCACCUAAGGUGAAAAUGGCUUUACGAACUUCAGGCCACCUGCUGCUGGGGGUGGUGCGAAUCUACCACAGGAAGGCCAAAUACCUGCUGGCAGACUGUAACGAGGCCUUCAUCAAGAUCAAGAUGGCAUUUAGACCAGGUGUGGUGGAUCUUCCAGAGGAGAACAGAGAAGCAGCGUACAAUGCCAUCACUCUGCCUGAGGAGUUUCACGAUUUUGACCAGCCGCUUCCAGACUUAGAUGACAUUGAUGUGGCUCAGCAGUUCAACUUGAACCAGAGCAGAGUAGAGGAGAUCACCAUGAGAGAGGAGGUGGGCAACCUCAACCUGCUGCAGGACAAUGAUUUUGCUGACUUCGGGAUGGACGACCGGGAAAUGAUGCGAGAGGAAAGCGCAUUUGAGGUGGACAUCAUGGGAGCAUCAGCUUCGAACUUGCUGCUGGAGGCUGAGGGUGGAGCUAACCAGAUGGCUGACAAGUCCAACCAUUUGGAGUAUGACGACCAGUACAAGGAUGACUUUGGAGACAAUCCCAUGGAGAGUAAUGAGGGAGGAAUGCUGGUGGACAAGCUGCUGAGUAACGAGGAUGGAGGCGGCAUCUUUGAUGACCCUCCUGCCAUCACAGAGAGCGUGAUGAUGCCUCAGGACCACGGAGACGAUGACGAUGACUUUGAUGCUCUCUCAGCGGGAGCCCCAGAUAGUCCGGAUUCAGGCCCAACAGAGCCCCUACCGACUAUGGCUGACCAGACAGAGCAAACUAAUCUGGUCCACAACGAGGAAGAAACCUUCGCUCUGGAGCCCAUCGACAUCACAGUUAAGGAGACCAAGGCAAAGCGGAAAAGGAAGCUGAUUGUAGACAGUGUGAAGGAGUUGGAUAGUAAAACUAUCCGUGCGCAGCUUUCUGAUUACUCCGACAUUGUCACAACCCUGGAUCUGGCUCCGCCCACAAAGAAACUGAUGAUGUGGAAGGAGACGGGAGGAGUCGAGAAGCUUUUCUCCCUGCCGGCUCAACCUUUAUGGAAUGCCAGACUGCUCAAGAUGUUUACAAGGUGUCUGACACCAUUAGUCCCAGACGAGCUGAGGAAGAGGAGGAAAGGUGGCGAGGCCGACAGUCUGGAUGAGUUCCUCAAAGAUCUGGAGAACCCAGAGGUGCCAAGGGAGGAAACGGCAGGCCAUCAGCAGAGAGACAUCAUGGACCAGACCAUCAUGGAAGAGGCCAGCGUGCUGCAGACUUCAGCAGUGGAGGGGAGCAGGACAACCCUGGACGAGUCAGUCAUGCCGCCUCCAUCCUCCCAGCGAGGCUUGAAACGCAAGGCCCAGGACACAGAGCCAGCCCUGCCCAUGGGAGCCUUGGACCAACAGCAGCAGCAGCAGCAGCAGCAGGGGUCCAGAGCAUCUAAUGCACCCCAGCAGCUCGAGGCAUCCACUGUGGAUCUACCCCCAGAGGAAACGACUACCACUACAAACAUUAGCCAGCUGAUAGAGCUAGACCUGCUCACUGACAAGGACAAGAAGAAGAAUGAUGAUGACUCUGAUGAGGAGGAGGAGGAGGCGCAGGGAGGAGACCAGGACCAGGAGGAGAGGAGGUGGAACAAAAGAACCCAGCAGAUGCUUCAUGGUCUCCAGAGGGUGAUGCAUAAAACCGGCGCCCAGUCGGUCAGCCUGCUGGACCUGUGCAGGAACAACAACAGGAAGCAGGCAGCCGCCAAGUUCUACAGCUUUCUGGUCCUGAAGAAGCAGCAGGCUGUGGAGCUCGUCCAGGAGGAGCCUUACAGUGACAUCAUCGCUACGCCAGGACCUCGCUUCCACAUCAUCUAAAAAAAAAAAAAAAUUCACUCCAUUCUAGAAGAAAAAACUGCUCUGAGGUCAGUCCAUUCAGCCAGCAGUUUGUGUGUUAGUUAAACAUAAGUCUUAUUUGAGUAUGCUGAGAUUGUUUUAUUUGUGAAAUGUUUUUAUUUUUGCAACAUUUAAAUGUAAAGCAAUGGUGGGAGGAAGUGGGUCUGAAUAACAGGGUUGGAUUAUUGAAGUAAACAUAGUGGGAAAGAUUGCAACUUAAACAAUGAACACUUGUAUUAUUUACUCACUUUAUAUCCCAGUUAGUAUAAAGGCUCAUCUGUGCCUCAUCGUGUGUGGUAGACUGGCGUUGCACCGAAGUGAAGGAGCUCAUUGUAAACAUUUGUUUACACAGUGGUGAGGCAGUCAAACAUGUUGCUUCCAUUUUUUUUUUCUCACUACUGCACAUAAAGGUUCCCAUCUGAAGUCUCUCACCGUUGCAUUAGGCAGGAGGAGCAUGCACUGUAUCUCCUAGAGUACAUUUAAACAGUUAAUACAGUUCUCUACAGACUCGACCAGCAGCUAAUCAUUAUACACCUGUAGAGUAGCACUUUAAGCAUUACAAACUCUUAAGUUGUUGUUGCGGUCAAUAAAAAAAAAUAAUGAGUCAGUAUAGACAUGACCCAAAUCCAUAAAACAUACUAAUUUCCAAGCAGGAUUUCAGGACUGUGCACACUUUUAAAAUGCCUGUUUUGCAGCAUGCGGUGAUUAUGCACACUUUUCCUCUGAUCCAAGUUUAAAAAUUCUGGUGCUCCUGGAGCACCUUUAAUAACCCAUGCUGCUUCCUCUCUUCAUCAUCGUCUGUCAGUAUAAAAAGUGAAAUAUUGCCACUUUUCGUUACAUUGUCCUGGAUGUUAUUACUAUGUACUGUGGAUUUGGGACACAGUUUAAUAAAACUUAGCUUCAGAACUUCAGCCUAUAGAUGAAAACGUGAGUGGUCUGCUUUACUUGCAUGCUAUCCUGAAAUAUUUGAAUUGAGUGCAGUUUGUCUCAAAUUUCUUUUUGUUGCCAUGUUGCUUUUUUUAAUCCUUAAAAUAACUUGAGGUCUGUGAUUCAGAUUCACUUUACUCAGUGUCCUUAUUGUAUAUGGAUACAGUGAUGCACUGUCUUGGUUAUUAAGACAAUUCAGUCGUUGUGCUCUUUGUCACUUUUGACAGUAUUAAUUUAUUGCUGUAAUUCUGUAUAGCAGCUAAAGAGAAAGAAUUGUUUCUUUUUUAUCUUAAAAGCAGAUUUCAUCAUUAAUCUAUAGAAUGGCUUGAUGACAGGCAAAUUAAAACUGGAUGGACUUUUGUUGCCACUAUAAAUCAUUAUCGGAUUAGAAAAUACUACCGCUUAAAUUUAACUUAAAUAAAAAAGGUUCGAACAGCACACAGUGGAAACAUGAGGACCUCCAAGUUCAUGUGUCCACACUGCAGAGACAGCUGAAUGCAUUGUUUCUGAUAUCCUGUUUAAAAAAAAAAAAAAA